AUGGAAAGGGUUUACGUUCGUAGUCGCCAAUGUCUAAGAGGUCGACGAUGUCGGCCGGCACCGAUGGAUAGUGCAGCUGGUUGGCGUUUUUGUUCCUUUUUCCGAGCUCCAACAAAGGCUCGAAAAGCUGGCUGCGUUGAAAGUAUACGGUACUGGGUGAUGGGAGGAAUCUUGUCCUCAUUCUAUCUACAUAUUUCAGUCAAACAGAUCGAUGAUCCUCCGGAGCUUCUAGAUCGCACACGACCACCUGAAUAUGAUAAUGACAAAGGCCAUCGUCGACCAUCCUACGAGACCAACGAAAUCCAUGAAUCUGAUGAUGAAAGCGAAAGUGAAGAAUUGGAUAUGAUCUAUGGAACGGCAGCCCCAAUACGAGUGGAUCAUAGGCUGGAAGAAGCACGGCGACGCCAUUCAAAACGUAAAUGUAAAGGGUGGUGUUAUCGUGGUGGAAAUUGUACUGUCGAUAUUGAUGAGAUCACUUAUGAGCUCAGAUCGGUGAACUGCCAUUGCCCACACGGUUAUUGGGGCAACCGAUGUGAGCUGCACUUUGUUGCUCGUCUAUUCGCACCGGUCAAAGGAAAUGUCGACGUGGAAAAGUCAGGUGUCUCGGCGUUCGCAUUUAUCAUUCUCAUGCUGAUCGUCUCCAUUGGACUGAUUUUCUAUACGUACAGGAAGUUAGCUCGCCGUAAUACGGCAAUCGAUUCGUCUACCCUUCCAUCACUUAAUUAUCAUCUCCGACGUCAGUCAGUUUCGUUUCAAACAAUGCCUACAUCUGUCAACGCCUCACCUACUAACAGUACUGCCAGCACUGCCCGUAGUGCUUUAACCCAGUUGAAUUGUCGUACACCGUUUUCGCCGUUUUUCAAAAGUUACAGCCAUAUAUCUGGAGAUUCUCGUAACUCAAUAAACGAUCUCACUCCUUCACUGAAUAUGGCGUUUGAGCGACUCUCGACAAGCUCCGUCACUUCAGAGUUUCAUUCGGAUUUAUCGAAAACCGAUUCGAAAAAAAAACAACAGUUAAACAAGAAGCCUGCACCAUCGCUAGUAAGAUCGGAUUAUGUUAUGACAAAUCAAGGCCAUGGUUACGACGACGAACUUCGACCAGUGACUAAAUCAUCUGAUUACCUUAUGGAUCAAAUCCAUCUGGAAAAACGAACUCCAACUGAAAUCAAGGAGGAGUUGAAUCGGGAAGAUCUGAAACCUUCGCCAGUGGAUGAGCCGUUACGAUCAGUCGAACCAUGUCCAUCCGAGUAUCAGUUGGCUGCUUUGAAUGACCAACUGGUUGGAUUCCUCUUUGCGAUCAUCAAAAUCAAAUUUCAAUCAUCAAUUCGUUGUAGUGCUCUUCCCAACUCCCACUCGAUUGCCCAGCCAGCUUCCCAAGCUACGUGCUCUGUGUAA